UGCGCCCUCACGUGUCGUUUACCAAGAUGGCGCAUCCCACGAAAACCACAUGUGCGGCGUUAAUGAAUGCAGGUGAAAAAGAUGUAGACGAAGCCGACUUCCAAGACGAUUUGGAUGAGGAUGACGACAACGAUGAUGCCUGGUUGGAAUGUGAGGAGGAUGCUGAUGAGACGGGAAACCAAACAGCAAGAUGUCUGUUCUGUGAGGCAAUGCUGCCCUCUGUUGAGGAGGCGCUUUUCAGUCAUUGUCCCGAGGCUCACAAAUUCGACAUCCGACAAAUCAAGAGAAAACAUGAUCUUGACUGUAUUGCCUACAUCAAAUUAGUCAACUUUAUUCGUGCCAAGAAUGUUUCCAGUUCUGACGUCAACGCUGUUAAUCCGACAAGCAAUGCACCCUGGGAUUGCGAUGACUACAUGAGGCCCGUACUGAGUAACGAUGCAGUCCUGCUAUUUGACAUAGAAUCUUUAGAUGACCCGGACCAAUCUGAUCCGUCCCAAGCAUCAUCCCAAGACAACCUUGAAGAAGUCAGGAUAUCAGGCAGCGAGUACAAUGCAUUACUACAGAGACUUCAGUCUGCCGAGCAGAGAGCCGCGCUGGCCGAAGAGUCCUUGGCCAGAGCACUGCAGGACCUCAGCAUGGCCAAAGAAUUCGCCCAGAAAGUUGUCGCCUCCCCCUAUUCAUCAGGGGAGGGUCUCACUUCACCCCUCCCGGGGAAAACUCCACAUGAAGACCAGGCCUACUUUGAUUCCUACGCCCAUUACGGCAUCCAUGAAGAGAUGCUCAAGGAUAAAGUCCGCACCGAGAGUUACCGAGACUUCAUCUAUGACAAUCAACACAUCUUUAAGAACAAGGUUGUGCUGGAUGUCGGUUGCGGUACGGGUAUUCUCUCCAUGUUUGCUGCCCGGGCAGGAGCCGAGCAUGUGAUCGGAGUCGACCAAUCAGAAAUCAUCUAUCAAGCCAUGGAUAUCGUUAGGCAAAAUAAACUGGAGGAUAACAUCACUUUGAUCAAGGGACGAGUUGAAGACAUCAGUAUCCCUGUUGACAAGGUUGAUGUGAUUAUCUCGGAGUGGAUGGGUUACUUUCUGUUGUUUGAGUCCAUGCUUGACACAGUGCUGUAUGCAAGAGAUAAAUACUUGGCUGAAGGUGGAAUGGUUUAUCCUGACCUUUGCACUCUGAGCUUGGUUGCCAUUAGCGACAGCGAGAGCCACGCCUCCAGGAUUGCAUUCUGGGACGACGUGUACGGCUUCAAGAUGACGUGCAUGAAAUCCUGCGUCUUGGAGGAGACCUCGGUGGAUUACAUCAAUCCUGAGACUGUCAUGUCCGACGCUGCAAUGGUCAAGUGUUUGGAUGUGACAAGUGUCAAUGUUAAGGAUCUGGAGUUUACGACGGAUUUCAAAUUGAAAUCAUCAAGGGACAGCAGUUGCACAGCACUGGUUGGAUAUUUUGAUGUGAUUUUUGAGAAGAACUGCAGGAAAACAGUUAUGUUUUCGACUGGUCCAAGCAGCCAGCGUACACACUGGAAACAGACUGUGUUUCUCCUGAGGAAGCCCAUUCCACUCAAGAAGGGGGAGGUUCUGUCUGGCAAGAUCAACUGCUGGAGGGACGCCACUGACUCUAGGAGUUUGAUUGUGACCUUUGACCUUGAAGGAGCGAGGCUGAAGUACUUUGUGAGGUGAAAGGAGGAGGGGCUGGGGUGGGUCUAGGUACCAACUGAUAUUACUUGGGGAAAUUCUUACAGCAAAUUUCUGUCUUUUUUGUAUUUUUCAACAAAGCAUCUGUUGCCAUACAUCAAAUGUAACUACACAGGGAACUUUACAUGAAUUUCUUGGUUAUCAGAGAAACUUGACUUAAACACUAAGCAGGAUUUGAAACAGUGACCUUUGGAAAAUCUGACUAAUACUCUACCAACUAAGAUAUGUAGUCCUACAUUUGAGAUUUCCCCAUUUGUCAUAGCAUUCUUGUGGAUGUGUUUGUAACAAGCCAUGCAACCCAUACCUAAAGAAGCAUUAAAGAAGUUAAUAUACCAGACCUUACCUAACUUUUAACUUGAAUGUAACUUUUUUUAUCGAGGGUGCAAUUUGAUUGUAGUUUCAAUGAAUUCCACUCAUUAUAGAAAGAGUUCAGAUUUGUUCCACUAAUUUUUGAAAGACUACAGAUUUUAUGAGUGAAUGAAUUUGUCUUUGGAAAAUCAUUAAAAUAAUUUAAACCAGUUGUUUGAAGGAA